AAUGUAAUUAAAAUAUCAACAUGGCGUUAAAAAGUUAACGUGUAGUGAUAUGAGGACAAUAAAAAUAGUUUAUUAAUAAUGUCCAACGCACCAUCAAAUCGCCGUAAUGGUGCACAAAAAAUUAGAUUAACAAUUUUAUGUGCUAGAAACUUAGUCAGGAAGGAUUUAUUUCGUCUCCCCGAUCCCUUUGCAAAGAUAUCUGUCGAUGGCAGUGGACAGUGCCACUCUACGGAGACUGUAAAGAAUACAUUAGAUCCAAAAUGGAAUUCUCAUUAUGAUUUGUAUAUAAGUAAAAAUGAUAGUAUCACAAUUUCAGUUUGGAAUCACCGCAAAGUUCAUAAAAAGCAAGGCAGUGGUUUUCUAGGAUGUGUUCGUAUAGUUAAUAAUUUAAUACAAAGGCUUAAAGAUACUGGAUAUCAAUGUCUGGAUCUCGGAAAAGCAAAUGCAGAAGAUGAACCAGUGAAAGGCCAAAUAAUCAUAUCGUUACUUUCCAGAGAUGGACCUUGUGGGGGAACCCCACUGGCAAUUGUGGGUCCUCUAGGCGAUCUUAGAGGACCCACAGACCAUGAAAAUUCUAAUUCUAAUACUACAGCAGAGCUGCCACCUGGUUGGGAAGAGAGGAGAACUCCAACCGGCCGUUUAUACUAUGUCAACCACAUCACAAAGUCGACACAAUGGAUUCGACCACAAAGCAAUGGAAAAUUGAGAACAAACAGGCCUAGAAUAAACAACAAUAAUUCAAAUGUUAAUGUCGAUAAUAAUAAUGUGGAAACUAAUAGAAAUGUUGAACUAGUAAAUAACAACUCACCGACAACUAGUACACCCACAAUAACAACAACUACCACUAUAGAUACAUUACAAUCACCAGUGACACCGUGCUCGAGCACCUCUCCCGUCGUUAGCCCCCAGAAAGAACAAGCACCGCCAUUGAGGGCGAUACCUACCACAUCAGCAGCUACUCCCUCGCAACUAAGUUUCCCAACAGUUUCUCCUACAUCUACAGCUGUAGUACCGGCGCCUAAUAAUAUUAGCUGUAAUGCACCGGCAGUACCUGUCACAACGAGUAACACGCUGGUAACUGUGACAAAUAAUGGAGGGGGUGUAGUUGGUAGUCCUCAACAGAGGGUCACAACGAGGGAAAGGAGGCCAAGGCCUAGUAACGAAGGGGAGAGAAGGGACGGAAGCAGCAGGAGAAGACAAGGUAGAAAUAGGAAUUCAAUUAAUGUAGUUGCAUCACCUAGUAAUACUAAUCAAAAUGGGGCUGUGGCUGGGGUAAAGAUGGAUUUGCCUCCAGGUUAUGAAUUACGAACAACUCAACAAGGACAAGUUUACUUUUUUCAUAUACCAACGGGUGUAUCCACGUGGCAUGAUCCUCGAAUACCCAAAGAUUUAACACCACUUAGUCUCGAUUUGGAUCAUUUAGGACCUUUACCGCCAGGUUGGGAAAUGAGACAAACCAGUUCCGGGCGGAUAUAUUUCGUCGAUCACAACAAGCGUACAACUCAAUUUACCGAUCCUAGAUUAAAUUCUCAAAUUUUGAGCAACAUUAUUAGGAGGAAUGGGUGUAAUCCACCUGGUCAGCCCGUCACAAGUACGUGUUUAACAGUUACACCUACCACCACUACAGCCACAGCCACUGUUAGUACCACUGAACCAGACGGACAGUCAUCUUCACAUCACUCAAAUCCAGACCCAGUGUCCCCCAGAAUAAGGCCAGAACAGAUUAGGAACGAAGAUCUACCUCAGAGCCUUCUGAACGAGUCGGAACACCUACCAAAGUAUAGGCGAGAUCUCGUGGCCAAGCUGAAAGUUCUGAGAGCAGAACUAAAUGCUCUACAACCACAAAGUGGACAUUGUCGACUGGAAGUGUCAAGAAAUGAAGUUUUCGAGGAGAGUUACAGACUUAUUAUGAAAAUGCGCCCAAAAGACAUGCGCAAAAGAUUGAUGGUAAAAUUCCGCGGCGAAGAAGGCCUAGACUAUGGUGGCGUUGCAAGAGAGUGGCUACAUCUCUUAUCGCGCGAAAUGUUGAAUCCUCAAUACGGCCUUUUCCAAUACAGCAGGGACGAUCACUACACGUUACAAAUCAAUCCAGAUUCAUCGGUUAAUCCCGAGCAUCUUUCAUACUUUCAUUUCGUGGGAAGGAUAUUGGGAAUAGCGGUGUUUCAUAACCAUCAGUUGGAAGGGGGUUUCACCCUGCCGUUUUAUAAGCAGCUAUUGAACAAACCGAUUACGCUUCAAGAUAUUGAAGGGGUAGAUCCUGAAUUGCACCGAAGUCUCACCUGGAUGUUAGAAAAUAACAUCGACGGUGUGCUAGACACGACCUUCUCCGUUGAGAACAACAGCUUUGGCAUAGUCAAAGUUCACGAACUUAAACCUGGAGGAGCAUCGAUAGCGGUGACGGAAGAAAAUAAAAGGGAAUACGUAAAGUUGUACGUAAAUUAUCGAUUUAUGAGAGGCAUUGAACAACAGUUCCUAGCGUUACAAAAGGGUUUCUCAGAACUCAUUCCGUCGACAUCUUUGAGGCCAUUUGACGAACGGGAGCUGGAACUUGUGAUUAGUGGAAUCGGAUCCAUAGAUAUUGCUGACUGGCGUGCGCACACAAGACUAAAACAUUGCACGCCUGAGACCCCAGUAGUCCAGUGGUUCUGGCAAGCAGUUGACUCUUAUUCUGAAGAAAUGAGGGCGCGCCUCCUUCAGUUUGUGACUGGAAGUUCUAGGGUGCCUCUUCAAGGCUUCAAAGCCUUGCAGGGUAGUACGGGAGCGGCGGGACCUAGGCUUUUCACCAUACACUGCGUGGACGUACCCCCGCAACAUCUGCCCAAAGCACACACCUGUUUUAAUAGAAUAGACAUACCGCCGUACGAGUCGUACCAAUUGUUAUUAGAUAAACUUACUCAGGCUGUUGAAGAGACUUGUGGAUUUGCGGUAGAGUGAGAAUGAACUGUUAACCAAUUAACGUAACUGUGGUAGUUGAGGAGCUCAUUUGGAAGACUGUCAAAGUGCCUUUUAAGUUUUCACCUUCUUAUUCUAUUUCACAAGUGCCUAAUACGCUAGUCAUCUUACAUCUCACGAGCACCAUAUCUCUUAGACGGAAGUAUCAUAGAGCCUAUGCUAAAAAUAUACUUUUCUCUGAGUACACUAGAUAGUGACCAUUCAAAACUUGAUUUUAAUAUGUAAUAUACGUUGUGCAAUAAUAAAAUGAGAAAUACGAGAGCUU